AUGCGCACUACGAGUCCGAGCGCGCUGCAGCGGGCUGCUUUCUCAACCGCGCGAAAACACCUUUCGAAUGAAAACAACAUCCGAAUCGCGAAGGAGAUCCGCGAUUCGUUGGGUGUUACGCUUAGGGGACGUGUUGCGGAGGAGAUAUUUUUCAACCACCUCUCCACCGGUGCCUCCAAUGAUCUACGCAAGGUGGCUAGACUUGCCUUCAUGUACGUGGCAGCGUUUUCACCGGGACCAGGUGUAUUCCUCGCCAGGCACUGUGAGCACCCGAAUCACGAAGCCAUUUGGAAGUAA